AUGGGUACGUAUCACCUACACCAUUUCGUAUUUCCUCUUCCGAUACUCACCUUGCUGAUCGUCCAGCAGCCCCCUCUCCGUCGACCGGAACCUUCUCAGGCAUCGCGCUCUGGCUUUCCCCCCACGGGCCUCAUCACAACAUGACUACUUUUCAUCCCUGAUCAAAUCCCUGUCGUCCUCUCUCAACACACCGCCCUUCGAUCCCCACAUCACGCUCCUCUCCGGUCUCCCCGCCUCGACUCCACUGGAACCCAUCAUCUCAAGUCUCGCGCGGUCCAUCGAAACCUCGGACCUCAAGAGGUUCAAAGUCGAAUUCAAAGGCAUUGGAACGCAUCAUCGCUACUUUCAAUACCUCUUCGCCAUCGUUGACAAGGACAAUGAAGGCUUGUUGCGACUCAGGACACUCGUGCAAGAAGGGUUGGAGAACGACGGCUUACUGCACGACGAUCCGCAGACGGGGGAAAAGGUGGAAAGAGUGGAGCAGUACUUUCCCCAUGCUUCGCUUGUGUAUGGAACAGAUAUCGAAGGCGAGCGAAGUGUACAAGAGGUGAUGGAGCGGAUGCGGAAAGAGGGUAAUGGUUUCGAGGGUGGGGUCUCCGUGGGAUCGGCGCAGGGUUUUCAGGUCGAAGAGGUGCUUGUGGUCAUGUGUGAGGGCAAACCAGAAGAGUGGAAGGUAUUGGGCAGAGUAGCACUGGAAUGA